UAGUUUCAAUGCAAUGUACGCGGCUGGUGUGCGUUUCUCUAUUUUAGUUUUCGUUUGCACUUUGCUUCCGUUGUACUUUCUUCCGCACGUUGCGGCUGCAGAUUUCGGUUGCAACAUAUCGCCGAACAUUACAUCACUUAAUGUUGCACCUACACAUCCGGGUGUCUGCCCUGUGUAUCCAUACCGGAAGUCACAUGACCCUUCAAUAUCCGAUGUGGAAUUGAUUAUGGUUAAUAGUACCGGCCAGACUGUCGUUAUAAAUUGUAUGCAAUGUGAUAAACAACUUCGUAACGUUCGGUGGCGUCGGGCAGCUCUAACGACUGGCGAGUUCGCAAAGGAGUCGUCUAGUUGCCAUGGAGAUACUCUUACUAUCCCGGAUUUUAAGUGCAAAGAUCAAGGUAACUAUGUAUGCACGGCAGAGUGUGGAGACCGGGUUGUGGACGAACAGUGGAAGUCAAUCUGGAUUAAUCAGUCGGAUCCGGCAUGCAAACCGAAAAUCUCACCAGAGAUGAAAAUCGAAAACAAAGUGUCUGCCUUCGUUGGAAACUCACUAACACUGCCAUGUGCUGUAGAUGAAGGAGAUGUUGAAGACAUUGGAGGCAUUACUGAAAUUUAUUGGUUUCGCGGUCGGACGUAUGGGAUCACUCCUUCUGGUCGCAGUUUGUGUGCACUGGGUUUGUGCGCAAACUAUUCCACUUGUUUGCCUAGAAGUCAGAAACCGAUUAGAGAACAAAAUGUAACGAUUAGGAAAUUGAGACGUGAGGAUACAGGGUGGUACACUUGUCAGGUUUUUUUCAGUGGCAUACCGGCAAGCGUGUAUUAUUAUGUUACGGUGAUAGAGAAGCCUGAAAAAGUUGCAAGCUCCCAACCAAUAGACUGGACUGCACUCAUCGCGUCACUCACAACCACAUUUGGCAUAUUGAUAUUAAUAGUAGCCAUUGGGAUAUGGUGUUGGUGGAGAAAGAAGGCGAGUAUCCAAGAAAGAGAGUUGACUGACGUCACUUCCAGUCCACCUCAUUCGCCUAAGUCUAUCUACAUUUCAUAUGGAGAGGAUACACCGAAGCAUCUCAGCAGCGUGAAGUCGAUGGCGUCGUACCUCAACAAAUCAUUCAACUGCAUCUUGUAUGAUGAGCAUCGAAACGAAGCAGCGUACGUGCUUGUACACAACUGGCUAAGCCAACAGAUUAAGCAAUCGUCUUGCGUCGUCAUCGUCUGCUCUCCAAGAUAUAAAGGACUCACUGAUCAUGAUGUAACGGAUGCAAACACACAGACAAGGAACGAGAUUGUUGACUGGCAUCAACGUGUUGCAUGGGAGUGGAAUCUUGUACAGUCACGAGCGUAUGCCAGUGAGCAGAGAUUGUCAUUCUGUGUUGUUGUGUUGUGGGAUGAUGCCGACGAGUCUGACAUACCAUUUCCACUGAAGACGAAAAGAUGUUUUCGGUGGCCGAGUGAGAUGGUCGAAAUGUGUUUGUAUCUUAAAGAUCAAGGGUUCGACGACGACACAUAUGAAGUGGUCGGAAACGGUGGUGGACAGGGGAUGGGUGACGACGAGGAAAUAUUUUCAGUUUGAUUAGAGAUGUGACUUUGACAGAGAAAGGUGGCAUGUACGAGUUAGAGUAACUAGUGCAGACGGUUUGCACGAGAUGUUGUUGCAAACGAUGAGGUAAUGACUGAGUUGAUAUUAACUAAUUAGUUUGUAUCUGAUUUGUUAAGAAAUUAAGUUUAAGUAGACAAUGCCUUGAAUAAUUAAGACAA